AAUUCAAUUACAUAAUUUAUUUAUAAUAUUAGAUGAGAUUGAUCAUAAGUCUUUUUUUACUAUUUUAAUUAAUUUAAUUAAUAUAAAGUAUGUAGGUUAAAUAGGCUUUAAACGUUUUCUCAAGACCACUUUAAUUGUGCUGCAAUAACCCUAAAACAGGGUUUUUUAGAGACGGUUUCUGCAAUACUAAUGCCUUAGAUGCAGGUCGUCAUUUAGUUUGUGUUAAGGUUACUAAUGAUUUCUUGAAAUUCUCUAAACAAAGAGGAAAUGAUCUAAUUACUCCUAUUCCUGAAUAUAAUUUCCCUGGAUUGAAGCAUGGAGAUUGUUGGUGCCUUUGUGUACUUAGAUGGAAGGAGGCUUUUGAAGCAGGAAAAGCCCCAUAUAUAAAUUUAGAAGCAACACAUAUAAAAACUUUGGAAUAUGUAAAGUUAGAGGACUUAAUGAAGUAUGAUAUAAGCAAGUUGCCUCAAUUUUAGCAGAGCAUAAACAUUAUGAAUGACUCUCUCUGAAAUUUGUAAACCUAAUAAUUGAAAAUAAAUGCAAACAAUAAUAAAAAAUAAUGUUAUUUAUAGUAAAAUAUCAAAUAUGAUAGCAUUAAUUUGUGGUACUUCUAGUUAAAACCUUAAUUUAAAUUUUAUAAUUUG